CUUGGCUUCAAUAAUAAUCUUUAGCGCUAUUUGUAUUAAUGUAACAACACGACGUUGCGAUUUAAAUAGAUUAGGAUAAAUUAAUAUAAAUAUGGAAUCAUUAAAGAAAACAUACAUUUUGCACGCUUUCGGAUUUAUUCUGCUCUCAACACGAACAUCCCGCAGCUGAAGUCAAGCAAUCUGAGACUUUCUUUACAGUUCUCCAAAUACAACUAUCUGAUGACAUGUGGGAGUUUCCGAGGACUCGUUACGCGGAUUGUAACGGCUCAGAAGCGAGCGAGGAGACGGAGAUUUCUGUGAAUAUCGGAGGUGUCAAGCACACUCUCUACGGGGACGUGCUGAACCGAUAUCCCGAGACGCGUUUGGCGGAGCUGCUGAACCGUGUCUCUGAUUCCGCGGAAGACGAUCUCUCUGCGCUCUGCGAUGACUACGACGACUUAAAGCGGGAGUUUUACUUCGACAGAGACCCAGAGGCCUUCAAAUGCAUCCUAGAGCUGUACUACUACGGAGAGAUUCACAUGAAACGCGGAGUCUGUCCCAUGUGCUUCAUGAAAGAGAUGGACUACUGGGGAAUCGACGAGGAUUAUCUGGAUGAAUGCUGCAGAUGUAGUCUAAAUGAGGUCGAAACCGAGCUGGCGGAAAUAGCAGAGAAGGUCAAGACCAUACUGGAUGACCUAGAUGAUGAUGAUGAUGAUGCAAGGGUCAGCAGAAGCCAGAGGUGUCAGACCUUCCUGUGGAAGCUUAUGGAAAAACCGGAGUCCUCUGUCGCCGCGCGCGUGAUCGCAGUGGUGUCGUUCGUGUUCAUCCUGCUGUCCUCUGUGGUCAUGUGCGUGGGCACCAUUCCGGAGCUGCAGGUGCGAGAUGAUGAGGGUCACCUCACGGAGCACCCAACCCUCGAGGCCAUCGAAACGGCCUGCAUCAUCUGGUUUACAGUGGAAUACCUUUUGCGCCUCGCGUCCUCUUCAAGCAAAUUGCACUUUGUGUUUUCCUUCCUGAACAUAAUCGACUUCCUGGCCAUCAUGCCCUUUUAUGUAGUGCUGAUUCUUACGCAUUUAGGCACAGCUAUGAUGGAGCUCGCCAAUGUGCAACAGGCAGUGCAGGCUCUGCGCAUCAUGCGUAUCGCGCGCAUCUUCAAACUCGCGCGCCACUCGUCAGGUCUCCAAACAUUAACGUUUGCGCUCAAAAGCAGCCUGAAAGAGCUGGGUCUGCUGCUCAUGUACAUGAGUGUGGGGAUUUUUCUGUUCUCCGCGCUGGGUUACACGAUGGAGCAGAGCCACCCGGAGACCAUGUUCACCAGCAUCCCGCAGUCCUUCUGGUGGGCCAUCAUCACAAUGACUACUGUGGGAUAUGGAGACAUCUAUCCUAAAACCACUCUGGGCAGGUGUAACGCAGCGGUUAGUUUCUUGUGUGGCGUGAUAGCCAUCGCCUUGCCGAUCCACCCGAUUAUCAACAACUUCGUCAUCGUGUACAGUAAACAGCGCGUGCUCGAGACCGCAGCCAAGCACGAGAUUGAGCUCAUGGCGUUGCGCGCGAAGGAGGAAGCGCAGGAGUGUCCGGAGGCUGAGAGAAGAGCGGCUUCAGCUGGCGGCAGCUCGGUGUGGGAAAGUGCAGCUGUGAGCACCUCUCAGAGUGACGCCUUCAUCCCUUUACUCGGUGAGACAGCCACGGUGUCCAAAAGCCAAAAUGCCCACAAAUGCAACAACUAGAAGGAUUUACUAAUAUUACGAAAAGUUCACUGUGAUGCUUAGGAACCGGCAAAGCUUUAUCAAUAAUAGGUCUAUGUAAACGUCUGUCUGUCUGUCUGUCUGUCUGUCUGUCUGUCUGUCUGUCUGUCUGUCUAUCUAUCUAUCUAUCUAUCUAUCUAUCUAUCUAUCUAUCUAUCUAUCUAUCUUUAGUUGAUCUCAGCUCAACAACCAAUCUACUAUUUAAAAGAAUUACAAUCACCUAAAAAUUAAAUUAGCUGCAGAGCCGGCCCAAGGCAAAACCGUGACCAUCAGGGGCCCCCAAGAGUGCACAAAAUGAAUGAGUGACUUUCGUUUUAUGUUUGUUUGUUGGGUUAUGGAUAAGGGGUGGGACAAAACAUAUGCCCAUUUAUCAUGUUAUUUCCGGCCGCGAUACAUACCCUGGUGCCACGUAUCGAUACUUAUCUAAAUUUACAAAAGAUAUGAAUUAAUUAAUCAGUCUUUUACACUGACUGCAACAGAUUACCGCUUUAGAUACAGUACACUCAGCCACCACCAGGCGCUUCCCAUAACAGCAGAUCAUCAGAGAUACACCAGCGUCAUGUAAACCGCUGACAGGUGAGCCAUUGCAAUGGUGGAAAUCUCAGGCAUACGGAUAUUCUUCUGUCCAAGCUGGACCAAGGUAUUUGUGUUUUAGACAUCCAGCUCCCCCGAAUUUUCCGCUAGUUUCUUCCUCACAGACGCACUUUCACUUCGCUAUAUCGGUCGCGCGUGCCCGCAGGCAGUGCUGUGACUUAAAUGUGCUCAAACUUUUUAAUUAGAAAACUAGAAAGCAAUAAUUGACUAUUUUGACAGUGUUUUCUUAAAUGCAUAUUCCACAAAAUUGAGAUUCUGCUGCUAUGAUAGAGAUGACUGUGUUUUUCAAUCACAAACUGCUCUGUGCACAUCAGCAUUGUUAAGUUGUUUGACAGCUGUGCGCUUGUUUUACAUUGUUGCAAUUUUAGAAACAUGCUGUCAUUAAAAGAAAUGAAUCAACCGUU